UAUAAGUGAUGUAUACAAAGAUCUCGGUUUUCUCCUAUUGAUCUGGAUUAACUACCACCUUUGCAAGUAUUAUUCUGGAGCUACACAUCGGCAGGCAUGACAGCUGGAUACACAUGACAGGGCCAGGUCUUGGUGCCAAAGAACUAGAGGGAAGAUUCCAGGAUGACUUCAUCCUACACCAGCGUUUACCUGCUAAAAGAAGCUCCCAGUGUGGAAGUCAGUGGCUUCCACCAGUGUCCAUGUCUCCAAGGAGAGAUUCAGGCCCUCUCAGACUGUACAGAAGAUGCUCCAAGACAGAAGUUUGCAAGUUGAAAAAAUACUGGAAGAUUUUUCUUAUAGUGGUCUUUCUUAUAGUGGUCCUUGUAACAGUAUUAUAUUUCAGUUUUUCAAAAAGUACCAAAGCUAUGGAAUGUUCAGAGGAGUGGAUUGGAGUAAGAAGGAAGUGCUUCUAUUUUUCUAAUGAUACCAGAAAUUGGACAGCCAGUAAAAGAUUUUGCAGUUCACAGGGAUCAGAACUUGCUCAGAUUGAUACACCAGAGGAGAUGAAAUUUUUGAAGAAGCAUGCAGGACCUUCUAUGUACUGGAUUGGAUUAAGCAGAAAACUAGGAGAGUCUUGGAAAUGGACAAGUGGCACUACAUUCAAUGCUGGGUUUGAAAUCAGUGGGAAUGGACCCUUUGCUUUUUUGAAUUCUGAUGGAGUCCACAGUUCCAGAGGAUUUGUUGAUAUCAAGUGGAUUUGCAGCAAACCAAUAUCUAAAACAGAAUAAAUUAGGAAAUCAAUAAAGAAUUUUGCAAGUUUUUUUAAAGUUGAAGUAUAGUUGAUUUACAAAUGUUAGUUUCUGGCAUACAGUAGAAUUUUGCAAGAAUUAAAGGAACUAAAAAUUGUUGAAAUGAAUGAAUGAUUAUAUAUAGAAUCUUAUUAAUUCAAGGCACAUUAUUGCUCAUCAUGAGCACGUCAGGAAACUUCUGUUAAAUAGGACCAAACAAAGUUACAGUAUACAAUUAGAUGACAUUUAUUGCAUUAGUAGUUACGAUAAACAAAUUUAAGGGGAUUUAUAUUAAUAGGUCAGCCAAGACCUACUGCUUAGUAGGUCUGCUUAAAAGUUAGAGAAAUAUAUGUGCUUAAUAUGUGUAAAUAUUACAAGCCACUAACCAUAGUAACUUUGGUUUAAAGAAAUGUUACAAGAGAAUCACCUAUGAACAAACAUGUACUUAAAUAAUAUCUUACAAAUUAUGGAAAAAUAUUUAGGAAGGACCCUAACUCUAUAAGUAAUAAACACAGAUACAUUAUCAAAGUUCUAUAUUAAAAUCACAAGGCCUAGAUUAUAGAAUAUAAACUAGAAAAAUAACAUUACAAGUGAAUAGAGAAUAGAUUAUUGAAAAAUAUUUCCCUUUUCCAAGUAAGAACAAGGAAAUAGGAUGGGCUUAAGAUGCAACCCUGGAUGUGUCAUAAAAUUCAAACUCUGUAGGGUGUGGGGAAAAUUAUAUCAAGCCCUUCUUUGUUACAUUAGUUUGCCUAGGUAACUGUAACCUCUCAGUACAAGAAGGAAUGAGAGUUUAGGAGAAAACAUAGACACGUAGGAUGGAGAAGCUGGAGAAAAAAAAAGUAUCUAGGUUACAGGAUAAACAUACAGAAACACACAGACCAGUCUUUCUCCCAUAUCUUUAAUGGAGGCUCACUCCUAAAUUAGUUGCAGAUGAAACUUUCUGAUAAAUGAAAAGGAGAUUCUUGUGAGUCCCACCUGUAAAUGUUGUUUUUGGUACUAUAUGUGAAUGCAAAUACUUGGCAAAUAUCAGCAUGUAAGCAAGCACAGGCAUAUUAUAUCUAUUCAUCAUUUGUCAUCAAGAAAACUUGAAAAUACGAAAUUUAGUAUUACUUAUGUAUCACAUUUUGGCUCAGAUUAAGUUCAAAUUUUGCUUCAUUCAUAAUGUUUUAUUUUUGCUGUUGGUUCAUGAUUACAAAUUAAUUUCAACUGCUUCAUUAUUUAAAGUAAUUCACUCCUUGUUUUUCUUUAAGUCACACCUAUCAGGGUGAAUCAAUUCCUGA